AUGGCGGACAUGCUGGGGGGGGGGGGGGGCUUGCUUGCCCUUGUUCAAGCGAGUACAUGUGCCGUGCCCUACCACUGCAGGUUGUGUUGGGGUACGGACAAGGGCAAUCCGGAAUUUGUCAUGGCGACAGUUUAUGAUGGAUGCUCCACGGCACCGAUCUUCACGGCUCUCGGCUCAGCUAACCGCAGCUCCGUGUCGAGGUCGAGUCCCACGGGUCAACAAGUCUAUCCACCCAUCCACUGUGGACUGCAGCGCGGAAUCUUUGCCCUGCCACAGUCGCCGUUCUACCUGCUGAAUGCGUCGCCGCGGUUGACAAGCGAGGUGGCCGCUAAUGCUCCUGCUGCCACUCUUUUUGCCUUUCUCUCUCUCUAUGUCACGACAAGCCAUGCUACCUGUAAUGCCGUCUGUCCUGGCUCGGGCAGUUUGCAGGCAGAUCUUCGACCGGGCGCCAGCCUUCGAUCGAUUCACCCACCGGAGUUUUUUUGUGUGCCCAGUGCCAUGCCCAUGCAACGCGAAGCCUAUAAUGGGACAUAUGAUAUGCCUGUACCGCAUUUUGCCCAUGGCACUACGUGUCGCUUCAUAAGAGCAUUGGACGCCACCCCUAGCGCGUGA